UCUGUGAGGCUGGGGAUUCGGUGGGAGGGGUCAUUAUUUGGCUGGGAGCGGCAGAGAGCCGAGCAUUUCCUAGAUACCCACAGCAACGCGUGGAUUCAUUCUGCUUCCAUCACUUGAUAGGCAAGCCGGCAGAAUUUUUUCCCUUGCUUGUUUUAACUUACUUGCAAGGUUUGGAAAGCCGUCCAUUUGGAAAUAAACCGUACCAUCGUUAUUCCUCGGAAGUAUUUUGUUCGUGCACCGGGGCUGUCAGCAUUGAAGUAAACAUGACGAGCGCUACAUCCCCAAUCUUGCUAAAAUGGGACCCCAAGAGUCUGGAGAUUCGCACACUGACUGUGGAAAGGCUGCUGGAGCCGCUGGUCACACAGGUGACCACCCUGGUCAACACCAGUAACAAAGGCCCAUCCGGUAAGAAAAAGGGCCGCUCCAAGAAAGCUCAUGUGCUGGCUGUGUCCGUGGAGCAAGCCACCCAGAACUUUCUUGAUAAGGGCGAGCAGAUUGCUAAGGACAGUCAGGACCUGAAGGAGGAACUUAUCGCAGCUGUAGAGGACGUCCGCAAGCAAGGUGAUACGAUGCGUGUGGCCUCCUCAGAGUUUGCGGAUGACCCCUGCUCCUCUGUGAAACGUGGCACCAUGGUUCGUGCGGCCCGUGCCCUCCUUUCUGCUGUCACUCGCCUCCUCAUCCUGGCUGACAUGGCUGACGUCAUGAGGCUCCUGGCUCACCUCAAAAUUGUUGAGGAAUCUCUUGAAGCCGUUAAGAACGCCACCAAUGAGCAGGACUUGGCCAAUCGUUUUAAGGAGUUUGGGAAAGAGAUGGUUAAGCUCAACUAUGUGGCAGCUCGCAGACAGCAGGAACUUAAGGACCCUCAGUGCAGGGACGAGAUGGCGGCUGCUCGCGGAGCUUUGAAGAAGAAUGCCACCAUGCUCUAUACGGCCUCACAGGCCUUCCUGCGCCACCCCGAUGUUGCCGCUACACGUGCCAACCGUGACUACGUCUUCAAACAGGUCCAAGAGGCCAUCGGGGGCAUCUCCAGUGCCGCCCAGGCCACCUCACCCACCGAUGAGAAGCACGGGCACGCUGGUAUCGGCGAACUGGCCGCCGCUCUCAAUGAGUUUGACAAUAAGAUCAUUUUGGAUCCACUUACAUUCAGUGAGGCUCGCUUCAGGCCGUCCCUGGAGGAACGUCUGGAGAGCAUAAUCAGUGGUGCCGCCCUGAUGGCCGAUUCCUCCUGCACACGCGAUGACCGCCGUGAACGCAUAGUAGCUGAGUGUAACGCCGUGCGCCAGGCCCUGCAAGACCUGCUGAGUGAGUACAUGAACAAUGUAAGUCCAUUGUUUCUUUAACAUAUCCCAGCAUGCUUUAUGUGAAUAUUCCCACUUUAAAACCAGAAUCCAUUAUCGAUUGAUUAACAUGAGUUGUGCAAUAUUCUCAUCAAGAAGAACAGGCCUUAUUCAAUAGAAUGAAAUAAUGACCACCCACUUGUAAGUUCUCUUGGCUGCAGAUGUAUUGUUCCCAUUAAUUUUAUCCUUGAAAAAAAAAAAAAAAAAAAAAAAAAAAAAUACUACAUUAAGAAAUGGUAAGUUAUGAACUAAACCAAGCAGCUCUUCAAGCUGGACUAAAAAAAAAAAAAAAAAAAAAAAUAAAAAGGUGGAAUGAGCUACUUAAACUUUAAUAGACAUAACUGAAUCAGAAAUGAGGGUACAAUAUGAAACUAUUACCUUACCAAUCAUUGAUAAUACGUUUAGACAUUAUUAUUACAUUUUUAGACAGUGGAGAACAUGAAAAAAGAAAAAAGAAAAAUAGCAAUACAAUUCAUUGUCCAAAAGCAAUACAAGCCAAUUGCCUGGCAUGAAAUAAUGAGCAGCCAGAAUACUGUAUAUAAGCGGGCAUUUCACUCUAUUCGUGAAGUUAGUGAUCUAAACACAGCCAGUGAUAAAUAUAAUCCCACUCUGUAUGUGGACGUGAAAUCCAAAGUGACAACUGAAAUCCAAUGCUUACUUAAAGGCUUUUUGUAAAUCUCUCUAUUUCUUUUUUACUUUCUUUGUUUGGAACAUAUUAACACAACAUAUUAAUAGUUUUUAAUGUGACUUGAAGUUCACAAUGUUAGAACUGUCAGGAUCAGUAACCACUGCCAUGUUAUUAACAUGGCAUAAUGCAUGCAGAAUUUAUGUGGAAUAUUUAAACAGUAAAAUGCAUCGUUCUUACAUAACACAUAAGGAGACUUUGCAUAUAGCACAAAUGUUAUGCAUUGCCAUUAAUCUAAACACUACUUCACUGGUGUUUUCUUGUUGUGUGACAGUGAAUGCAUUCGUUACUUUAAGAAGCUAUUUCUACUGUACCAGAUAUGACCCAAACAAAUGACUAUCGUUGGUGUAACCUAAUGUAGUCAGGUUGAUUUAGUCAUUUUAAAUAACCUUAUUGGCUUAAAGUUAAUUUAGAUGUUACUACAUUGAGCACAUUUUUAGGUUAAGUGAUAAACUUAAGAGCUAUCAAUAAGAAUGUUGUGCUCUCAGCUCCAUUUAACACAUUUUACCAUGUUUAAAAGUUUAACACAGAAUUUCCCCUCAAAAAAAAAAAAAAAAAAACAGAUUGUGUCUGGGCCUGAUGAUAAGCAGACAAUUAUAUCCAUUAGGCCGAUUUAUUGGCUGAUAUUUGGCCAUUUUGAGAUUACGGCAUCGGAGAUAACCAUGUCUGCUUAGCCAGUUAACAGAAGUUUUAUUUAAAGGAAUAUUCCGGGUUCAUUACAAGUUAAGCUCAGUCAAGGCAUUUGUGGCAUAUUGUUGUUUACCACAAAAAAAAUCAAAAUCAAAAAAUAAAUAAAAAGGUUUCACUUGUCCGUCCUUUUCUUAAAAAAAUUAAAAAAACAAUAAAUACAAAAUAAAUAAAAAAGUGUUACAGUGAGGUACCUACAGUACAAUGGAAGUGAAUGGGGCCAAUUUUUUAAGGGUUUGACCUUGUGGGACCCCGCAGGACCCCGCGGCCUCAUGCAAGGACUCGCUAUUUUGGAUUCGCUAUACAAUUUUAAUUCAUUUAAACCCAUUAUAUACUGUUCAGGACACUCUUGGUUCUCAACCCUGUUCCUGGAGCCCCCCCAACUCAGGGUACAGGGUUGAGAACCACUGUUCUAAGGACUUAUUUAAGGGAUAAACUUCUGACGCGUGGAGUCAUGUGACCAAACACCAUAGCAUCGAUUUCCGUGAACUGCUUCUAUGGGCGCAGUGCCAACAAAAGUGCCUCUGGUAAGAAACCUCCUCCUAAAUAUUUUGUUAAUUUCUCAUACUUUGGUGCGCUGAAAAACAUGAAGUACUCCGAUGAGUGCUGUGGAGCGGUUUUCUGACAGACGUUCCAAAUACAUGUUCAUUAUUUUGAAUAACUUCACAGUAACAAAUCUGUGGGUCAUUUUGCUUCAUUUUAAUCUAAAUUGUGUUAUAUUUUUAGUUGUUAACACUGUACAAUUAGGUGCUAUUCAUUAACAUUAGUAAAUGCAUUCCUAUAUAUUUACUCUGCAUUAUCACAUUGAGAAUAAAUGUAUUCAUCCAAAAGCUGAAAAGGCUUUAUAUGGAGUUAGGAUGAAAAUAAGGUGCAUUUCAAACUGUUCUGAGACCAGUGCAGACUGGAGGUUAAGGUAUUCACUAAAUAGGGAGCAAGGGAGCAAGGGUGCAUUCUAUAGCUUUCUAUGUGCAUUCACUCCUGAAAUCCGACCAAAAGUUCAGUUUCAGGCUGCAGAUGAUGUCUGGACCACUCAACAUGGUUGGCAGACAUGGGACAAUGAUAAUCAGUACAUAGAUUGUAUUAUUCAAAAUUUUAUUUUAACAUGAUUGGCAGUGAUUUGAUGAUGCAAGCCAUUACUUUUAAUCAGAAUCAUGUAUUCAUAUUUCUAUAAGAUCAGCUGUAAUGACUAUACCAUC